GUGUUUGAUACUCUACGUAAUGUCACCCUAUGAGCUGCAUCAUCUACUGAUCGCCGCCGUGCCAUGGAGUAUGCGAUGAACCUGCUUACAUACUUUGCCGGCCUCUCACACUCAUUUCUCUUCUGUAUUUUUUUUAAAUCCUCCAAAAUCGAAUAGCUACCACCACAAUGAAGCCUUUGAUAUCGCAUUUUGCUGGCCUGUCCGUGCUAUUAGCCGCCAUCGAGGCCAACGAACUGCCUCCCCAGAGCAUCCCCAUCCAAUGCGCAACAAUAUGCGGCCCGAUCGUUGAGCUCACUGCGCUCUGCAGCAAAAAGCGAUCCGUUCCCAUCGAUAAAUCCCAUAUCAGAAGACAUCUGGAACAACCUCGAGCCCUUGAGCCACUGCCUUAUCUUCGAAGAGACACAUAUAAGCACAAGAGGCUCUUUGUAACUCUUGUGCCGCCACCUGCGGCGUCUGUUCCUCACCCGCAACAACCUACACCUCAACCAGCAAACCAUCCACCUGUAUCACAAUCGCAAUCACCAAAUCAGCCUCCCCCUGCUAACCCUGCUCCUCCGGUAUCCCAAACCACACAGCAAAAGCCGCCUCCACCCCCUCCCCAGCCAGCGCCGCCCGAACCACCAGCUCAAACAUCACAAGCGUCAAAACCCAAAGAGAAAGGCCCGGUUGAACAACCAACUUCUUCAGCGCGUGCUUCGCGAGGCGGGGGAACCGAGACUGCAGCUAUGAGCCCUAUACCAUCUAUGAAAGGCGGCGGCACCUCAAUGUCUGGAAUGGUAGAGGGGUCAGGUGGAAGUUCCCCGGAUAUGGAUAGUUCAAAGGGUCCAGAGGGCGAUGAAGAGAUUUGCGUGUGCGAGAAUCGCAGCUUUGACGUCGCCACUCUUACCGGGCUAUGUGCAAGUUGCGUUGCCAGCAAAUCAAAACUCCAGGAUGCUGCAAACCUAGAAUUAAUCAUGUCAACGUGCGACUUUCCAGAGCAGCGAUACAGUCCCGACAAAGAUAAGCUGGUGAACAACAUUGUGGUCAAGGCUCUGACGUCAGGCGUUGCAAAUAAUUCAACGACGUCAGAGGGCAUUUCGGCUCCAUUACCAACCCGAUAUUCGUUGGUGCCGAUAAUAGGGUCUUUAUUCUUAGCUGCGCUGCAGUCGCUUUAAGCCAAACAGCCUGC